CAUUGCUGCACCUUUCAGAAGAUGCUCAAAACUUUGGCUGCCUUGACAACUGCAGUGCAUUUAAGUUUGAAAGCUAUCUUCAUCAGAUUAAGAAAAUGGUCCGCUCUGGAAAAAAUGUCUUAACUCAAAUAGCAAAUCGUCUGGAGGAAACAUCAAAGUUGAAGCUAGGAAACAAAGAAAAAGCACUGUCACUGAAAGGCCCGAACAAUGUGUUUGUUUUAAGCUCUGAAGAAUGUUGUGAGGUGGUUUCAGAAGAAGGGGACAACACAGUGUUAUGCCGAGUGUUCAACCAUUUACAGCCAUUUCUGAUGACACCAUGUGAUUCCCGUGUUUACGGGACAUAUGCUGCUAACGUUAGGCACUCACAAAUGCAACACCUUGACAGAAAGGCACUUGAAAGGAGGGCAUUCAUGGUGGAGGAACACCAUGGAAUCAGAAUUGUGGUGUCCCUCCUUCAUACACUGUAGGCUCUGAGAAGAUGUGCAUAGUUAUUAAUUAAUUAAAUUUACAGACAUGACGAAUUAUAACCAAAUCAACAAUUGCAUCACAAUACGUAAGCCUGUCUGGAGAAGAACUUUUUUUAUACCAUAAAACUGAAAUGAUGUAACAUCAAAUCUGAGCUAGCUGGAUCCUACAGGAAGAAAAGGAGCAUGGACAAUAACAAAAUGCCAAAUGUGUGAUUUAAUCACGAGGUUAGCACAAGUGACCUAUGGCCAUCUAUUAGCAGUUAAUUACUACAUUUCAAAUGACAUUUCAGCAAUUCAACUUUUUUUUUCUGUUUUUCAAACAGGAUUAUCUGUGUUAUGUUGUGAUCCAUUUUAUUGAGCACAAUGAAGUUGAGGUGGCACUAUCUAGAUGGUUGGAGUGGAAUGAAGAGGUGUUGUAUUGCUAUUGGCCUCACUCAAAUACUGGUUUCUUGGCCAAAAAAAUGUGCCAUGCCAGACAAGCAGCUGUGGACUAAAUAUGCCGUCCGAAUAUUUUCUGACACAGAUAGUUAUGAUAUGGCAAGAUUCCGGGCAAGAAAAGCCCAGGAAACGUCACAUGUUGAGGACUCUGAUGGAAACGGGGGGAGAAAAGUCAUUCCUCCAAGACGAUUUAGAGAAGAAGAGGUUUGGCUCAGCCAAUCCAGAUGUGCAAAACAGGCUGGAAGGUUUCAUGAGAACAGUGAAUCAUCUCAAGAAAAUGAAAUUACCAGCUUACAUGCAAAGAGAACUAAACAAAAGAAAAGAUCAAGAUUAACUGCACCUGCACCUGCGACUGAGGACGAUGAUGAAGAUGAGGAGCUGCAGCCAAAGAGAAAAAAAUCAAAAGGAUCUAGUUUGAUGUUGCCCAGUGCUCCUUCUUUUCCUUCUGUUUCAACAUUCCAGUCAGAGACACAUCAUUCCAGUUCCACAAAUCAGCAGUUUCAAGGUGGACUGAGGAAGAAUACAGUACUACGAUUAAUGAUGUGAAGCAGGAGGCAGAAAAGGUUCCAAGUGGUGUACUGGGACCAGAGAACAGCACGAGAAAGACCGUUUCCAGGAGUGUUAUCAGUUUGUGUUGUUUUCUUGUUUGUUUCUAAAUUGUGUAGUUUUUGAGAUAGAAUAUGUGACCCUGGACCACAAAACCAGUCUUAAGUCGCUGGGGUAUAUUUGUAGCAAUAGCCAAAAAUACAUUGUAUGGGUCAAAAUUACUGAUUUUUCUUUUAUGCCAAAAAUCAUUAGGAUAUUAAGUAAAGUUCAUGUUCCAUGAAGAUAUUUUUAAAUUUCCUACCGUAAAUAUAUAAAAACUUCAUUUUUGAUAAGUAAUAUGCAUUGCUAAGAACUUCAUUUUGACAACUUUAAAGGCGAUUUUCUCAAUAUUUUGAUUAAUUUUUUUUUGCACCCUCAGAUUCCAGAUUUUCAAAUAGUUGUAUCUCAGCCAAAUAUGGUCCUAUCAUAACAAACCAUACAUCAAUGGAAAGAUUAUUUACUUAUUUAUUCAGCUUUCAGGUGAUGUAUAAAUCGCAAUUUCGAACAAUUUACCCUUAUAUGGUUUUGUGGUCCAGGGUCACAUAUUUUAUUAUUAUACUGUAAGUUCAGGUGAGUUUGUUGUUUUUGUGUUUCUUCAUUGUGUCAGUGUCAAAUUUAGAAGAGCACUGAUGUUCCUUAAAGGGAUAGUUCACCCAAACGUGAAUAUUCUGUCAUCAUUUACUCUCCCUCAUUUACUUGUUCCAAACCCAUAAGACAUUCAUUCAUCUCUGGAACACAAAUGAAGAUAUUUUUAGAGGUUUCUGGCCCUCCAUUAAAAGUCUAAUCCCAAAACUGACACUUUUAAAUGUUCUUAAAAAGAUCGUACAAAAAAUCCAUUUGAAUUGAGCUGUUUAAUCCAAGUCUUCUGAAGAGACAGUUACUUUAAAUGAACAGAUAUAAUUUAUGCUUUUGUGCACAUAUAAACGCUGAUCAGCGGACAAUGACGUUUUAAUUUUAAUUUUUGGGUGAAUUAAGCUUUUAACUGUUAACUGUCAAUUUUUAUGUUAUGUAAGAUUAGUUACAUAAGACCAGUUGAGAUGGUAUGACCCUGUUGGCUUAUCAAAAUGUUCAUGUUAAAGUAUAACAAAUGUG